AUGUGCCUCGUCCAUCGCCCUUCCAGUGUCAGCGCCGGUGCGGCUGCACGAAAGAAUCCUCCUGCGGAACCUGGUACCUGCUUCUCCAUCUCCAAGCUGAACUCGACCACAUUCUUGGUAAUCGAAGAGGACAAAUGGGACGAGAAUCCUUUCAUCUAUGUUAAGAAGUAUCCAUCUACUCUUGUAAUCGUCGAUACAGGCUCCGGGGGCAUUACCAGAAACCCAGAUGCCCAGCUCACGUCUCUCAAAGUAUUUCUAGAGACGUGCUCGCUAGCUGUCAACGAUAACAAGCCCCUGAACCCUGGGGGAGUGAAGAGCUACACAGUCAUAUGCACCCAUUGCCACUUCGACCAUAUCGGGGGAGUCCCCCUAUUUGCCGUGGAAGACAGAACAGCUGUUUGGGCAAGCGGAAGGGAUAGAGACUUCAUUGAGGGACCGGAUCGUUUACCGACGACAUCUCUCUGCCGCUAUGUUGGCAUGCAGACACCGGAGUACAAGGUGACACACUGGGCCAGUGAUGGUCAGCACGUAGUUGACAGUGCAGGCGAAGACCUCGGCCUGGUCAUUUAUCAGACACCUGGCCAUACCCCAGACGAACUCGCUUUAUGGGACCCGCAAGAAAGAGUCCUGUUUGCAGGCGAUACAAUCUACGAGUGGUACCCCAUAUUAUUCCCGCCAGAGGGUGACCUUAUCUUAUACAGCGAGACCCUGGGAAAGCUCAGGAGCCUAGUUGAAGGAUGGAAUAAGGAGACGACAACUUCCACAGACGCCGUUUCACGCCGUGUGACGCUGGCGUGCGGCCAUCUUACAAAGGAAGGAGAUGCCGCACAAUUGCUCUCAGACGCCGACUCCUUCCUAUACCGCAUUACUCAGGGAGACGUGGAGCCGAGAGACGCCGGCGUAGAUAAAUACGGGUUGACGGAGCCCCGGGAAGGAGGCACGCCUGGAGGCGAUCAACUGGAGAUUUACGGAGACGAAGGAAGCCAGGUUUCAUUCAUGGGACCAAAAGUGCAAUUUUCCAGACUUAGGGAGAGUGCAUCCGCAGUUGAAGCGCUACGACAACGCUGCUUGUAA